CGUACCCAAACCCGGAACAGCUGUGAACGGCAGCAGCUGAUCAUCAGUGGAUGUUGAAUGAUUUUAUAUAAAAACCCGUCGUUGUUCUGUGAUGAAGAGAAACGCGGAUGAGAGCGAAUCGUCCCGAGCUCGAGUCCUCAGAGAGUUCGUCACCGACAGACUCGCCGCCGCGUCGCGGGAGAUCCUGGCGGCGGUGGAGCGAACCGUGGCCGGCUACGAGGAGGAGGCGUCGGGCUUCCGGCGGGAGAUCGACCGGCAGCGGCGGCAGCUGGAGCUUCUGCUGCAGCCGCGGGUCGAUCUCAACACAGCCGGUGUGAAGCUCGGCAGGAGGCUCCGCCACGUUGAUGAAGAGGAGGGUGACGAAGAGGACGAAGAGUCCUCGGAGAACCCGGAAGAUCUGAACAAUCGAACUUCGUCCAGAUGUCAGCUGGAGCGGAGGAGGUCCGGCAGACCUCAGACCAGAGAAACCCAGAACCACGUGGACCUCAGGAUCCGCAUCCUGGACGACCCACGGACCGAAGUUCUGUCGCAAAGCGUCCUGAAGAAAUGUCCGAUGCUGAGGCUGAAGUGUCCGCGGGGUCUGCGGGAGUCGGACUUCCUGGACCUGCUGAGCUCCACCUUCCCUCAGUUGUCGACAGGCCACGAGCCUCUCGACGUCUUCGCGUCCGACAGGGGCCAGAGGCUACGGCGUCUGCAUCUGAAGGCGCUGACGCCCGAGGAGCUCGACAGGGGCGCCGGCGGCCGCGCGGGACGAGGGACGUCGACCGUCUUCAUCCGACCCAGGGCUCAGAAGGAACCUGAGGCGAACGAAGAAGAGAUUCAUCCUCUUCAGACCAAAGACAACGACACCGGAGACUCUUCAUCAGCUGCCGCCGUGUUGACAUGUGAACACGUCACGCCACAGACCAGCGUCUGUGAUCAGGACCUGGUCGUCGCGUCUGGCGGCUCGACGUCACAACGAGACCUGCGAACAGAGGAGGCUGAUGAUGACGAAGGUCGCUGCGGAACGCCUCCAGCUGACGACACUGUGGCUCGCCCUGACGAAGACGACGAUGAACAGGAAGACGAGAGAGAAGAGGCGAACGACAGCGAUGGCGACUGGAAUCCAGGCGAGAGUGACGAGGAACUGAGGGACAGCGGCGGCGAACUGCAGACGACAGGGAAACAAAAGUCUGGACGUUCUGGUGACGCUGCUCUCGUAUGUAAAGUCUGCGGCGCUCUGCUUCAAUCAGAAGUGUCCCUUGUGAAACACGCCCGGAGCCACGCGGACGAUCCAGGAAGUGUUUGCGGCGUGUGCGGCGCGCGUCCCGGGUCCGCGGAGGCGCUGGAGCAACAUCUGCAAAGCCGCCACAAAACCCACGACUGCCACAUUUGCGGGGAGUCGUUCCUCGGCGCACUCGACCUCGACGAGCACGUGGCGGCCCACUCGGGGGAGACGCCGCACAGGUGCGACAUGUGCAACGCCGCUUUUGCGUUAAAGGCGUCGCUGGAGGAUCAUCGGAGGCGCCACGAGGAGGCGAAGCCUCACAAAUGCUACAUCUGCCACAUGGUGUUCGAGCUGAAGGAGCAGCUCAAGUCUCACCGCAGGACGCACACCGACAAGAAGACGCAGUUCUGCGGCGUUUGCGGCAAAUCGCUCUCUGACUACCGGUCACUGUCCCGCCACAUGAUGACGCACUCGGCGGAGCGGCCGCACAGCUGUCAGGUUUGCGGGCGGAGUUUCAAACUGCCCGGGACGCUGAGGCAACACAAGAAGAUCCACACGGACAGGGAGCGGUCGUACCUCUGCGACGUCUGCUGCAAAAUGUUCCUGACGAGCAAACAGCUGCACAUCCACAUGAUGACGCACACCGACGAGAAGCCGUACCGCUGCGGCGAGUGCGGCCGGGGCUUCGUCACCAAGGGGCCGCUGACCGUGCACAUGCGCGUCCACACGGGGGAGGCGCCGUACCGCUGCCCCGACUGCGGCUGGGCCUUCAAGCGCAAGAACAACCUGGACGACCACGUGACGGUGCACUCGGGCGUCAAGGCGUUCGUCUGCGGGAUCUGCGGGAAGGCGUGUGCUCGCAGGACGCACCUGACCGUCCACAUGAGGACUCACAACGGCGAGAGGCCGUACAAGUGCAAACUGUGCGACAAGGCCUUCACCCAGAGCCACUGUCUGAAGACUCACAUGAGGAGCCACCGGGGGGCAGCAGCGGCUGCGACGUAGAAAAGACUCGCGAAAACAAAAACUCAUGUCGUAGAUUCUGCGCUUGUUUUCUACUUCAAUUCAUGUUUCGUUAAGUUAUAUAACAGCACCUGUGCAACGAAAUCUGUCUCGUGAGUCACGAGAAACAAUCUAAUAAAAUCGUGACUCUCGUU